AUGAUCUUACAUUUCGAGGGAAAAGUUGGCUGGAAGGAAUUCGUGAUGUGGUCUCACCAGAAGCCGAAGGAGGAUUGCCGCGCAGGCAAGACUGUUGAAUUGUGCGAAAAAGUCCUCGGUUCACCGUCCUUCCACCCCGGUCAACCUGUACUAAGUUUUCGUGUGUCCCGUCGUGACAGGGGUCAUCAGAGUAGGAAUGCAUUACGAGGAACUGGUGAUUCAUCACGAAUGCCAAUCAACCAACUUUUCUUUCGAAAGCGAAAAUCAUAUAAAAAUAUCUCACUAGAGAAUUCUUCGAAACCCAGUUUUUCUUCAUCUCCUGCAAUUCACUUCUGCCCUCUAGUCCACGUGGUGGUCGGACGUUGUGGUUGUACACUGCACUACAACAAGCGGAGUUCAAGUCCUGCCGAGGGUGAGGGUGGAAACUGCUGUCCAAUCCAUUCCAGUCGAAAUGAGAAUACCUUUUGGGAAGCAGGUCUCCCUGUGAACUGCUUACUUCCAUUUCGAGUGAAGGUGUUUGGUGAAGAGAUUCGAAGGUCGAUUCUACCAGAAGACGACGGCGGAUUUGUCUUGACCAGCUGUCGAUUGGCUUUACUGGAACAUUCAUACUGA